CUCGCGUAUCACUUCACAUUAAAUAUAAAAUAAAAAUACCCGUGGUCUGUACCCGGCUUAUUCGGUGAAAUUGUGUUUAUUUUUUGGUUUCAUACUUUGAACUUUUGUACUUGAAAUAUUAUAUAAUGAAGUACUAAAGUUAUUUAAUAUUCACAAAAUAAUACACAUUGGUUAUGUUUAACGGCCAUCAGUAAUAAAUUGUUUUGAAAUUCGCUGAAAAACAGUAUCCUUGUACAGGUACGUUUACUGUUGAGGAGUUAUACAAUAACGCAUACCUCAAGUGUUUUAUUGAAAAUUGUUGCUUAAUGCUUACGUCCAUUUGGUAAUGUUAAUUGAACAUACCUAUGCAUCAAUAUUAAAUGACUAUUACCCAUUUACAAGUAAAGCAAUUGUACAAAGAGCUUUUGAAGUAUGGCAGUAAUUUAAAACUUACUGACAAAAAUUAUUAUAAAAUUCGAAUCAAACAGGAAUUUUUAGACAAUAAACAGUUAGUUAAACCUGAAGAGAUUAAAUUUUUCUAUGAUAAAGGUCGAGAGUUAUUAAAAAGAAAGUCAAUAGUAUAAAGUGUGUACGUUUCCAUCAUAUCUAUGUAUUCAUUAUUGUGUAAGGCACUACCUUUUAACACUAUAAGUGUAAAAAAUGCUAGAGGCAUUAGUUUAACAUUGUUUAAUAAGAAACAAACUAUAGAUCACUCAAAAGUACCUAUUAUUAAUGAAAAUGAACUUGAAGAAAUGUUUGUUAAGGGCAGUGGCCCUGGUGGAUCAGCAGUCAAUAAGAAUGCUAAUUGUGUUGUAUUAAAACAUAAACCAACUGGCAUUGUAAUUAAAUGCCAUGAAUCAAGAUGUGUUGAAGAUAAUAGAAAAAUGGCUAGAAAUAAACUAGCUACUAAAUUAGAUGUAUUACAAAAUGGUAAUGAAUCAGUCGAAGCCCAAAAAAAAGCCAUCAUGGAAAAAAAGAAUGCACAAAAAGAAUGGAAACGGAAAAAAUUAGAAACAUUAAAAAAAGAUUGGAUUGAAAGAGAAAGUAGUUUUAAACCUUAAAUUAUUAUAAAUUCAUAACUAUUAGUUUAGUAUUUAAGCUGUAAUUUGUUGAAAACUAAAUUAACUGUAAAUGUUAUUAUCAAAUUAGAAGUAAAUACAUAUUAAUCAUUUAUUAAU